AUGGCCGGCUCUGACGAUGACCAGAAAGUCGUGGUGUGCUUACGCUCGCUCGGCAGCGCGCCGAUGCUGAGGCGAAACAAGUUCAAGAUUUCAGGACGAGAGAAAUUCUCGAAGAUUAUCGAAUUUCUUUGCGGACAACUCCAUAAGGAUACACUGUUUGUCUAUGUCCACAGUGCAUUUUCAACAAACCCAUUUUCACCAAAACCAGACGAGCUGCUAAUCGACUUAUAUAAUGUAAGAUUCUGCAUUCUAUCUACUUAUAAAUACGUUCUUGCAUCUUCAUCCUUAGCAAACACUUGCAUAUGAUGUGUGUUUACAUUAUCAAUUAGCACCUUAUAAUGAUUCUCUUGCUUGGGUAAUCAUUUAUUUAUCACCCCGAUUGACACUCUAGGAUUUGUCACCAUUUAUGUUAAUGAGCCACAUUUCAGUGAGACACAGAUUCAAUGGGCUGUUAAAUUGGCAGAUAGUGGAUUCUUGCUUAAA